UUUGCAUGUUCCCAUCCAUCCUGCACGACGCGAAAGGGCCCCUUAUCCGCCUCUCCUGUGUACCAGGAACACCUCCACGGCGAUCAGCCUUUUUUUUUUGCCUGCUGUUUGUCUUGGUGGAGAAGCGGCACCUUUUUCUCCAGGAGUGGUUUAUUCAGCGAGAAGUCCUGAAGGUUUUGGAUGCGGGGCGCUUCGGGGAUGUCGGCACUUUGAGAGCAUCACCCCCCGAACACAAACAACUGCCAUCGAUUUUUCUGUGAAUAGCAAAACAAAGAAGGAACAAUAGCAGCCAAAAAAAAAGAAAAAAAGAAAAAAGAAAAAAAAUCGUGUCUAUUGAACAAUUCACUUUUUUUUCUUCUUCUUCUCCCCGGUCUGUGGAUACCACUCUAACUAAGUACAGCACUUUGAGAAUUGUUCACAUCGUUGCAACGCAGGACGGACUGAGGAGGGAGGCAAGACCUGUGGACCGGGUUUUCCCUCGCAAGUCUGAAUCGGCUCUCGCUACUUAUCCCGCAAAACCCUGAAGGAUAACCCCGUUUGGACGUUUAUUUACCUAAUUUCGCAGGAGGCUCCUUUCACGCAAAUUGUCCUAAAUGUUUGGGAUUCAGGAAACUAUACCGCGGGGUGGGACGACGAUGAAGGAGGAACCGCUGGGUGGACUGAAUUCGGUCCGCUCGUGGAUGCACACAGCUGGGGUGGUGGAUGCGAACACAGCCGCCCAAAGCGGUGUCGGCUUGGCACGGGCACAUUAUGAAAAGCAGCCCCCUUCCAACCUCAGAAAAUCCAAUUUUUUCCAUUUCGUCCUGGCGCUGUAUGACAGGCAGGGUCAGCCUGUGGAGAUCGAAAGGACAGCUUUUGUGGACUUUGUGGAGAAAGAAAAAGAACCAAACAGUGAAAAAACUAACAAUGGGAUACAUUACAAACUACAGUUACUGUACAGCAAUGGGGUCAGAACAGAACAGGAUCUUUACAUACGGUUAAUCGAUUCAAUGACGAAGCAGGCGAUAGUUUAUGAGGGCCAAGACAAGAAUCCUGAAAUGUGCAGAGUUCUUCUCACUCACGAGAUCAUGUGCAGCCGAUGCUGUGACAAGAAAAGCUGUGGAAACAGGAACGAGACUCCAUCAGACCCUGUGAUCAUUGACAGAGAGGCUGGGUUGGUGUGGGGUGGGGCGGGGGGAGCUAAUGCAGGCCCGGGGGCCAGCCAGGUCGGAGGCGACGGGCAUGGCAGGCGGUUGACAGUCCAUGUAGCCUGUCUACCCACAGGACAUCUCCACACAGUGUGUCCACAGUGGGGCCAGUCCUGUCAUCUGGGCCCCACUAUGGACCGCUGCACUGCUGACAGUGAGAGGAGCGGGCCUCCGAGCCUCGGCGGAGAUCAGGAGCUCCCUGUCGGAGGUGCUUUGUCACGUAGCCCAGGGAGCGUGGAACUCACCCAGAGCUGUUGA